AUGGAUCAAAUCAAUGCUCUCAAAGGCUAUGGCAAACUCACUCACCACAACCUCGACCUCGAACAUCAAAUUCCCCCGCCGCCCUCCAAACCAAACUCCAAAUUCCCCAACAACCACAAUUAUUCUCUCCCACUCCGCUUCGCCGCCGCCAUCUCCGCCCUCCUCCUCACCGCUCUAAUCAUCAGUCUGAUCGUCGGAGUCUACACCCACAACUCCACCCCCGACAACAAAUCAUCAUCCAAUAAUGCUGCCCACACAAUCAGCAUCAUCUGCAACGUAACUCGUUACCCUAAUUCCUGCUUCACCUCAAUCUCUUCUCUCAAUUCCUCUCCUCAACCCGAUCCCGAACUCAUUUUAAACCUCUCUCUCCAAGUUUCCCUCAACGAACUCUCUAACAUAUCCCGAUGGGUAAAAACCCUAGGGGCAGAGGGCGACGGGGGAGCAGCAGCAGCUUUGAAGGACUGCCAGAGCCAAAUCGAAGACGCAAUUAGCCAAGUCAAUGAGUCGGUGGCAGAAAUGAGAGGCGGUUCCGGGGAGAUGACGUUGACGGAGAGUAAGAUCGGGAACAUUCAGACGUGGAUGAGCAGUGCGAUGACGAAUGAAGAAAGCUGUUUGGAUGGAGUGGAGGAGAUGGAUUCGACGUCGUUUGAAGAGGUGAAGAGGAGGAUGAAAAAGUCCAUAGAAUACGUAAGCAACAGCUUGGCCAUUGUGGCUAACAUCCACGUCAUUCUUGACAAAUUUAAUAUGCCACUUCACUAA